UUAUAAAGCGAUUCAUUACCAGCCAGGUACUAACUGGGCCAGAAGUGACACUUCUUCACUGCCCCUACGUUCGCCGAUGCGACGUCCUAUACAUGAUCGAGCAGCUUCACUCCCGAGACCGCCUACGAGUCAAGAAGGAAACGCUUAUGAAAAUAUUAUCCAGGCUGGACGUGUUUCCAUAUUUUGUGGAAACGCUGUUUGAGUUUGGAUUGCGCACGAAAGCCAAUGAUGAUCUAUCGCCUCACUUCCACUGGAGACACUCUAUCAAGGAUCGGAGCAUAAUGGAAAUAUCGUACAUCUUUAGAUUCUUCGAGAGGAACUUGCGGGGCGAAGGGGAGCCCUGGUCGCUGAGACAGACAGCGGUUUACCACCAACUACACCUCCCAUCAACAGACAGCACCUGGAUUUUCAUCAAGGCAUCACCAUGCUUCAAAGGCCUUUUGAAAAAGAGGAUAGAAGCCUCGCGUUUCAUCAUAAAUCCGGCUGGCCAUCGAUAUAUCGCUAUUCAUCUUCUUGCACUGAAUUUCACACUGGGGAGUUGGCGCGAGUUCCUUACAGACUACACUUCUAGACUGUCCGCAAUUGAAGACAAGACCAUCUACUCACACGCAGACUACUCUCUUACAAACGACUAUAUCCUCGCAUUCGAAGACAGACAAAAGGUUCAGAUAUUUCGUCGCAGCAUGAUCCAGGCCUUGACAUUGAUCAAAAGCUCGCUGGAUCUUGGCAGCAGGGUUGCAUCCUUCUGGUCGACGGUCCGGGGUGGUCAGCCGAGCGAAAUCCAAGAGGGGGUCUCUCAGGAGCUUGCGGACUACGAAUCCGAGAUGGUCUACAACCGAAGAUGCGUAGACAGCCUUCUCCAACGGUCGUCAGAGACAGCAGCCAUGCUUGUAAACAUCCUCGAACACCGUCGGGACAUCUUGUCUCUCCGAAGUGCACAGGCAAACGAAGCGUCGUUGACCGCAAACAAACAAGUUCUAGAGGCAAGCAGGAGCUCAUUAUCCACGCUGAAGGAUAUCGCUGUGCGAGGGAAAUUGGAGCAAAAGAUUGAUCAGGAGUCUGGCGUGAAUAUUCGCGCGCUGACAGUUGUGGCUACACUUUACCUGCCCGCCACUCUCCUAGUGGGGGUUUUCAGUUCACGUCUUGUGGGCGGCGAAGGCAGUCAUUUGGUUCUUUCGGGCGAAUUCUGGAAGUUUGUCGUAAUUUUGCUUGCUAUGGUCAUUGCUACUUUUGGGUUAGUUGCUGGAGUUCAAGCAUUGUCAGCUUGGAGCUAUGAGCGAAAACUCCGGGAGUCAGGACAGAAUAGUAGUGUAUAGUCCAUUUCCAAUGGAAAUAUAGCCAGAUCGGUUGCC